UGUUAACGCGCGCUUUAGGAAGUGGAAGGUUGAGGGGACGCUUCCUGCUGCUGAACCCCGGUCUCUGCCUCUCUCUUCUGCCUUCCCUGAUUCUCCGCCUCCCAACCUGGAGCUUUUCCUCCUCCUCUCGGGGCACGUCCCUCACCUCCCUCUGUUCAGGUCUUGCGGCGUCACUGCAGCCCUGGUAAACCCCCACCUCCCUCUUCCGCAUUCAGGUGCCUCGUUCUCGUACUUUAACGACCCCUACUUCUUUUAACGUGGCCGGUGGUACCCCUCAUGCUCUGCAGUUAGCCCCCAACCCUGCUGGAUUAUUCUGACUCCACUCUGCGCAUUCUCCGACUUCACCGUCCACUCCCAACCUAGAUUUAUAGUCUGGAGUCUUCCGCUUUGAAUCUCUUUCCUCGGGUAACUGGCGACAUCCCCAAUUUGGACCCAAGCUCCAGCCACUCGGAGAGUCACCUCCACCCAUGCGGACUCUAAGUAGCCAAUCUCAGUAAUAUAGGACUUCUCUACAGCAGGCUGAUGGGUACUUGAUAUGCGUCUAGGCCCAGGAUGCGGAGGAGCUUAGCUCCCAGCCAGUUGGCCGGGAAGAAACCUGAAGGCAUAUCGUCUGAUGAAGACUGGCAGCCUGGGGCAGUCACUCCUAAGAAACGGAAGUCCAUUAGUGACACUGAGAUCCAGCAGUGUUUCCUGUCUCCUUUUCGGAAACCUUUGACUCAGUUAAUCAGUCGACCACCCUGCCUGGAUAGCAGUCAACAUGAAGCAUUUAUUCGAAGCAUUUUGUCAAAGCCUUUCAAGAUCCCCAUCCCAAAUUAUCAAGGUCCUCUGGGCUCGCGAGCAUUGGGCCUGAAAAGAGCUGGUGUCCGUCGUGCCCUCCAUGACCCUCUGGAAGAAGGUGCCUUAGUUCUGUAUGAGCCUCCUCCACUGAGUGUCCAUGACCAGCUGAAGCUCGACAAGGAAAAACUUCCUGUCCACGUGGUUGUUGAUCCUAUUCUCAGUAAGGUGUUGCGGCCUCAUCAGAGAGAGGGAGUGAAGUUCCUGUGGGAGUGUGUCACCAGUCGCCGUAUCCCUGGCAGCUAUGGAUGUAUCAUGGCUGAUGAGAUGGGUCUGGGAAAAACACUACAGUGCAUCACAUUGAUGUGGACACUUUUGCGCCAGAGUCCAGAGUGCAAGCCAGAAAUUGACAAAGCAGUGGUGGUGUCGCCUUCCAGCCUGGUGAAGAACUGGUACAAUGAGGUUGGGAAAUGGCUUGGAGGGAGGAUCCAGCCUCUGGCCAUCGAUGGAGGAUCCAAGGAUGAGAUAGACCGAAAGCUGGAAGGAUUCAUGAACCAGCGUGGAGCUAGAGUGCCUGCUCCCAUCCUCAUCAUUUCCUAUGAGACUCUCCGCCUUCAUGUUGGAGUCCUUCAAAAAGGAAGUGUUGGACUGGUUAUAUGUGAUGAGGGGCACAGGCUCAAGAACUCUGAGAAUCAGACUUACCAAGCACUGAACAGUUUGAAUACCAGUCGGCGGGUGCUGAUCUCUGGGACCCCCAUCCAGAAUGAUUUGCUUGAAUAUUUCAGCUUGGUACAUUUUGUUAAUUCAGGCAUUCUGGGAACUGCUCAUGAGUUUAAGAAGCAUUUUGAAUUACCAAUUUUAAAGAGUCGAGAUGCAGCUGCCAGUGACACAGAUAGGCAGCUAGGGGAGGAACGACUGCAGGAGCUUAUCAGCAUUGUGAGCAGGUGUCUGAUAAGGAGGACAUCUGAUAUCCUCUCUAAAUAUCUGCCUGUGAAGGUUGAGCACGUGGUUUGUUGUAGGCUGACACCACUUCAGACUGAGUUAUACAAGAGAUUUCUGAGACAGGCUAAGCCUGCAGAAGAGUUGCAUGAAGGCAAGAUGAGUGUGUCUUCCCUUUCUUCCAUCACCUCACUAAAGAAGCUUUGUAACCAUCCAGCUCUAAUCUAUGACAAGUGUGUAGCAGAGGAGGAUGGCUUUGAGGGCACUUUGGACAUCUUCCCUCCUGGUUAUACGUCUAAAGCUGUAGAGCCACAGCUGUCAGGUAAGAUGCUGGUCCUUGAUUAUAUCCUGGCUGUGACUCGAAGCUGCAGCAGUGACAAAGUAGUACUGGUGUCUAAUUACACCCAGACGUUGGAUCUCUUCGAGAAACUCUGCCGGGCUCGAAGGUACUUGUAUGUUCGCUUGGAUGGUACGAUGUCCAUUAAGAAGCGAGCCAAGGUUGUGGAGCGCUUCAAUAGUCCAUCGAGCCCUGAUUUUGUCUUCAUGCUGAGUAGCAAAGCUGGAGGCUGUGGCCUUAAUCUCAUUGGUGCUAACCGACUGGUCAUGUUUGAUCCUGACUGGAACCCAGCCAAUGAUGAACAAGCUAUGGCCCGAGUCUGGCGUGAUGGUCAAAAGAAGACUUGCUAUAUUUAUCGCCUGCUAUCUACAGGAACGAUUGAAGAGAAGAUCUUUCAGCGGCAGAGCCACAAGAAAGCACUGAGCAGCUGUGUGGUUGAUGAGGAGCAGGAUGUAGAGCGGCACUUCUCUCUUGGUGAGCUGAAGGAGCUGUUUACCCUGGAUGAAGCCGGCCUCAGUGAUACCCAUGACAGGCUGCAUUGCCGCCGUUGUGUAAACAGCCGCCAGGUUUGGCCACCCCCCAAUGGUUCUGACUGCACUUCAGACCUGGCUCAGUGGAACCAUAGCACUGAUAAGCGGGGCCUCCAAGAUGAAGUACUCCAGGCUGCAUGGGAUGCUUCCUCUACUGCCAUCACCUUUGUCUUCCACCAGCGUUCGCAUGAGGAGCAGCAGGGUCUCCACUGAUAACCAGCUGGUCUGGGUAUAGCUGUUAGAGGAAGGAUACAGGAAAAGGGAGUUCUCUGCCCCACAAAGCUCUGCUGAAUUUUGUUCUCUGGGAGAAAAUCAUCAAGAAGGGCUGUGUGAUGUUUGCCCCAAGUUUAUUUUAUAAGAAAAACUUUUUGGUUUAAAAAAAAAAAGAAAAGAAUAAAGGUAUGAAAGGAA